GCAUUCGUGUGCUGGCAGAGCAGCGAUCAAAGCUGCGUUCGGUACUCGUUGACUGGCCCAAGAAUGAAUUCUCGUGCAAGUGUGUUGAUAAAAAGUAUACGUAUGUAUGUAUGACAUACAAAAAUAUUGUGUCUGAUUAAUUAAUGCGUGUAUGCCUUUAACUGUGAAACCUUUUUCAAUUAGUAUUUUUCUCACAUGUAAGUGUGCUUAAUAACAGAAAAGUUUGCUGCAAAUUUGUGGCUUUGUGGAUAGCUUUUCAGUAAACUAACGUAUAAAGGAUUCAAAUUUUACUGCUCUAAUCUCUCGGAUUGUUUAAUCAAAUCAUCACUAUAUGCCCUUAUAGAGUAUGGAUUAUUUAAUUAUUCUGCAGUGCAAAGAAGUUUUUCGAGUCUAUGUAACUUUUGCAAUUUAGGUAAAUACGACCUAACCGUCAAAAUCAUGCCUCAUACACACAGCAGGCAUGGAUCAUCAGGAGAUGAUUUAUGCAGUACUGAUGAAGUGAAGAUUUUUAAAGACGAAGGAGAUCGCGAGGAUGAAAAAAUAUCAUCUGAGAACUUAUUAGUUGAAGAAAAGUCUAGCUUAAUAGAUUUAACUGAAAGUGAGGAAAAGGGUCACAAAAUUUCAAGGCCGGACCACAGCCCUGUUUUUAAUAAGCUGGACACCCACGCCCCUAGCUUUAACAUGGGUUACUUAGUUUCUCCUUAUUCGUAUGCCAAUGGUUCUCCAAGUGGCUUACCGGUAACUAUGGCCAACAAAAUUGGACUGCCUCCGUUUUUUUGUCACAAUGCUGAUCCGUUAUCAACACCACCACCAGCGCAUUGCGGAAUUCCUCCAUAUCAACUGGAUCCUAAGAUGGGCUUAACUCGACCAGCGCUAUACCCAUUUGCGGGAGGUCAAUAUCCUUACCCAAUGCUAAGUUCAGAUAUGUCUCAAGUGGCAUCAUGGCACACUCCUUCUGUUUAUUCUGCAUCUAGUUUUAGAACUCCUUAUCCCUCCUCACUACCAAUAAAUACUACACUUGCAAGUGAUUUUCCAUUCCGUUUUUCACCUAGCCUUUUACCUUCAGUACAUGCCACAUCGCACCACGUUAUAAAUGCUCAUUCUGCUAUUGUGGGGGUUAGCUCUAAACAAGAAUGCGGUGUUCAGGACCCAACAACGAAUAAUAGAUAUCCAAGGAACCUGGAAGCAAAGCACACAUCAAAUGCGCAAUCAAAUGAAUCCAAGGAGACAACAAAUGAUAAAAAAAAACCCCAUAUUAAGAAGCCACUAAAUGCGUUCAUGCUCUAUAUGAAGGAAAUGCGUGCUAAGGUUGUUGCUGAAUGCACUCUGAAGGAAUCGGCUGCGAUUAAUCAGAUUUUAGGAAGACGGUGGCACGAACUUUCCCGCGAAGAACAAAGCAAAUAUUACGAAAAAGCUCGACAAGAGCGCCAAUUGCAUAUGGAAUUGUAUCCGGGGUGGAGCGCACGAGAUAACUAUGGUUACGUGUCAAAAAAGAAAAAGCGAAAAAAAGACAGAUCGACAACGGAUUCGGGAGGCAAUAAUAUGAAAAAAUGCCGCGCCCGUUUCGGACUAGAUCAACAGAGUCAGUGGUGCAAACCGUGCAGGCGCAAAAAGAAAUGUAUUCGUUAUAUGGAAGCCCUGAACGGCAAUGGGCCCGCCGAAGACGGCAGCUGUUUUGAUGAGCACGGAAGUCAGCUAAGUGAUGACGACGAAGAUGACUACGAUGAUGAUAAACUAGGCGGAAGUUGUGGAAGCGCCGACGAAACCAAUAAAAUAGAAGAUGAGGACUCGGAAUCCCUUAAUCAAUCUAUGCCAAGCCCAGGCUGUCUUAGUGGAUUGUCCAGUUUACAGAGCCCAUCGACAACAAUGAGCUUGGCAAGCCCACUUAACAUGAAUGCCAAUUCAGCAACCAAUGUUAUAUUUCCUGCUUCUUCUAAUGCACUUUUAAUUGUCGGCGCAGACCAGCCGACAGCACAGCAACGACCCACAUUGGUGUCAACCUCGGGAUCGAGCAGCGGUUCAACCAGUAGCAUAAGUACAACCCCAAAUACGUCGAGUACAGUUUCGCCAGUUACAUGUAUGACCGGUCCGUGUCUCGGUUCAUCUCAGGAACGAGCCAUGAUGCUUGGAAAUCGGUUCAGUCACUUGGGAAUGGGGCUAAGUCCACCAGUAGUUAGCACGAGCACCAGUAAAUCUGAACCAUUUUUUAAGCCUCAUCCCACAGUUUGCAAUAAUCCUAUAUUUGCAUUGCCAUCAAUUGGUAAUUGUAGUUUAAAUAUUUCUUCAAUGCCAAACACAUCCCGAAACCCUAUUGGUGCUAACCCACGAGAUAUUAAUAAUCCCCUUAGCAUCAAUCAGCUGACUAAAAGACGUGAAUAUAAAAAUGUUGAGUUAAUUGAAGCUAGUGAGUCAAAGACUAUAGUUGCCCAUGCCGCUACAUCCAUUAUUCAACAUGUAGCAGUGAACGGCUAUCAUGCUAAUCACUCGCUUUUAAAUAGCAACUUGGGCCACCUUCAUCACCAAUUAAAUAAUCGUACAGAAAACCCGAAUAGAAGUGAGCAGACAAUGCUGUCCGUAAGUAAUCAUUCUGUAAAUAGCAGUGAAUGCCAUAAAGAAUCUGAUUCGCAGGCUAUUGUAUCUAGCAAUCCUCCAAACGCUGGAUCUUCCGAUAACGGCGUUAUUAGCGUUUCAUAACUGAUCGCCAUGGAUUUGUAGAAUUGAUUAAUCAAAUUUUAAUGUUAAUGUGUGAGAAAAUAAUUAAAAUAAAAACAUAAGUGCAAUAAUUAUUAUUCUCGCCAGCCCAAAGCCAUCUUAUGAAACAAAAGGCCAUCAAAACUAGUGCCACGACUCACAUCGCAAUAUUUCGUUUAAUAAAGAAAACAUAGAAUUGGUGCACAAAAAUCUUUUGAAACGACUCCGAGGCCAACCCGAAAGAAUAAAGAAACAUGAGUCAAAUCUCAGGCUAGGCCGUGCCAAAUAGAAUAAACAGACAAUACACACUAAAACUUAGUUACAUAAACAUCUAUUGCAUUUGACACCUUAUAAAAUAAUAUUUUCAAAUAGUUUUCAAAAUAGUUUUCUAUUUAUUUAGCUUAACACAACCAAAUUAUGUAUUUUAUUUUAAAAUUAGACACAACUUGCCAAAAUCCAUUAAUUAAUGCCUCUCCGGCACAUAUGUAUUUGGUCAUAUUUGUUGUGAGUAUAAUUUAACUAAUGGUUUCUGCACUAAAACUAGGAGAACAAAAAACAUGGACUACGACGAUUGUCGGUCGAAUCACUUAGUCUCUUUUAUCGUAAACUUGGUCGUGUGGUCAUAAUCAUAACGUCACCCUCCUCCCGCCUGACGAAAGUCUCUAGACUCAAGACUUAAAUAAAAUUUAUAAAAUAUAUUUUAAUAUCCUGAAACAUUUAUAUUAUGUAUAGAAUGGACAAUGAUUAAUUAAGCUGAACAAAAAUUACAUUGUUAUUUCCGGGGAUAAAACGAUUACAGAGAGGUUACUCUACUUAAAGAGCGCGUGUGCGUUAUGACACAAGGCGGUAGGAUGUCCCCGGACACGUUCACAUUCGCUUUAAAAUGUUAAAUUUAACCUUGUUAACGUGUAAUAUUUCAAGGUAUUUUAGGAAACGGAUCAACAUACUGUAUGCCGAAGAAGCCGGUUCCAUUCUGGUCUUGUGUAUUUAAUUUAAAAGGGAUGCAUACAUUUUACAUCUAAAUCUAAUACUAGCAGUCUGGCUAAACCAACAUACCUUAAAAUAUUUUCGAAUAGCCCUGAACAUUUAACGUAAUCUUUUCAUGGUUAUAAAAUAUAACUAUUCCAAACGAAAUAUUGAAAAUAUUAUUUUUAAAUAGGAUACAUUCUCAAAUUACUAUGCUUGUAACAAGUUCGAUACUAUUUUCUUUAGUUAGGUUUCAUUAGCAGACUUUCAUUAUUACAUACUUACACGGAAAAUCAUAAUAAACAAAAUAAUAAUAAUUACAGAAAUGUUAUAAAUAUAUAUUUUAUUAUUUUAAAUUAAAUGUAAAAUAAUAUAUGUGUACGAUAUAUAUUAUAAGCUAAAUGUAAAUAUGUAUUUUCUUAUAUAGAACGUACUGAUAAUCUUUACGAAUUUAUUGACCAUAAGACCUGAUAGCCUUUAUUCCAUGUAAAACGUAAAAUCCACAUCUACAAACGAAGAAAUUAUAAUCUUGUAUAAAGAAGUAGGUCAUAUUUAAAGAGUAAGUUUGGUCUGAGCAUCCAUAUAAUUAUAUGCAGUUUUAUACUAGUCUCCAAUCAGUUAUUAAACACUUAAUUAUUUAAUGUACAAAUGUAUUUUCAACCUCAAUAUCGGGCUUGUCGUACACGGUUUAACAUUUCACUAUAAUAUUUGUUUUUAAUGUGUUAGUUAUUUAAAAUGCUUUAGGUUUAAUUAUCUCAUAUGUACACCGGUACUUAAUAUACAUAUCUUGAUUUUCCGGAAUGACAAUCCUGUAUAUCCUAUAACACUAGAGCCUUAUGUAAUCCACCUCAUUUAAAACUUAUUUCACAAAAACAUAUAAAGUAAAGUAUAGUAAGGCCAAACCUAAAUUAUUAUACUCGCUACUCGUAGAGUAGACAUGCAGAUUAUAGUGCCACCUAAACUUCCCACUAUAAACCGCCGAAAGCUGAUCCUCCCACACUUAACUUUGUUCUUUAUUUUAUUAUUUGCCUUGCUAAUUUCAAUUGUAAUGCCAAUAAAUUUUUAAAAUAUCAUUCUUACCCUCUGGGUUGAUUAACGUGUAUCUAGUAGUGUAGAAAAUCAACUUUACUAUAGUAACUAAAAUUUAAAUGGUAAACAACUUUUAAAACGUAUCUCUUAUUUUACUUUAUAUUAGGAGUAUUAUAAUUUUUAAAUUGUAUAGACACAAAAUCUUCAUUGACCGUGCUAAAGUAAAGACAUAAAUGCGAGCAUAACUAAGCAUUUUAAUAACCUUAUUUUAACUAAGAUAUUUACAGUAUUGCCAAAUGUUGUUGCGAAUAUAUAUAUAAAAAAUAUUUAAUAAAAAGGAAACGCUAUAAAAGUAUUGUACAUAAAAUGUAUUUAUAUUUCCCUUUAUUGUCUUUCCUUUUUCAUAAGCCUUAUGUAACUGAUAGCAUUUGUAAAUAUUUUAAAAAUAUUGUAAUUCACAAGUCUUUAAAUAGGACAUGAUACAUCUAUUUUUAUUUUUAUACAUUUAAUUUGCUAAAACUAUAAAAAAGUUUUAAAAUCGUUAACACUGUUCUUAUAGCUUCGUGUUUUAAAAUAAGAGAAACUGAAUUAUUUACUUCCGUGUAUUUUUCUUUAAAAUGAAUAUUUACUACUAUUUUAAAUAUAAAAUAAAUAUCGAAUUAGUAAUACGUUUUCUAUAGCUUAUCUGGUCCGCAAAUAUUAUUUUAUAGAAUAUGUCCCAAGGGGUUUCACGCUACCCAUUACUCGUAGAGGUUGAUUCAAUGAAAAGAUUGUCUCCAUCAAUGAUUAAGAGCUCUAGCCGAGUCUGUCCGUAUUUCGCACUUAAAAAAUGUUUGGAUUUUUUUAACCGGUUCCAAUGCAUUUUUGGCGCUAUUUUAGGAUUUUAAUGGCGAUAGAUGUAGGCGCCGCUCGAUGGGAUUUAACAUGAGUCUAAUGGUCGAGAAACUCGAAUAUAGUGCCUAUAAUAAUUUGCAAUUAAUUGUUUCUUUGAAAGUGUUUUAUUUUCAAACUUCUUAAAAUGUAGUUGAAAAAUUUGCUCAUAUAUUAUGAAACCUGUAUUACUUUUAUCUUUGGAUAAACAGCUUGUAAAUUUUUAAAAUUUUAUUUGAUUCACAAUUGUAAUUAAAUUAUUUUAUUAUAAGCAAAAAUUAAAAAUUGGUAUAUAAAUUCAAAGCUAAAAUGUUUUGUAUUGAUAAACAAGAUCAUCCCUAGACGUAGGGAGUUACUUGUAGAGUAAAAGGGUAAACUACAAUCGAUAAUAGGUAUGUAACGUAGCAGUAUGCGUUUCCAAACCAAAAAAUAUCAGGAUCGAUAGCAGGUAGACAUGGCCAUGUCCGUGCGUCGGUAUGAACGUCGAGAUCUCGGAAACUAUUAUAGCUAGAAAGCUUAGGUUAGAUAUGCGGGAUUCUACUGACGUCUGCGUUGACACGCCCACUCAGACUCCGACUUGAACUAGCAUGACCACACUUCUGUUUUAUUAUUUGUGUGGCCAAUUUCUAUCGUUUAAUCCGCCAACAUGUCGCUAAAACUGAGACGCCCGUAUUUUAUACUAUUAUUUGAUUUUUUAUUGUUUUAAUACUAAUAUAAAUUUGUAUACAUUUAUUAAUAUAAAUUUAUAUCGAUUUGCGAAAUAGCUUUUAAUUUGGUUUAAUUUUACCUAUUUGCCAUAAAAGAUGUUUAAAUUUCUUGUACGCACUUCAACUAGCUGAGUAUCUUGAGGAACUCGACUAUAGAAUUCUCUCUUGCUUUUUAGUUUAAUACAUGAAUAUUAUACACCAAAAUCACAGUUUAUAAUAGAUUUUAUAUUUUACGAAUUUUGAAGUAUUCUUAACAGAUUUUGAGCUCACAUAUGCAUGCAAUUUAUUUGAUCAACGUUUCAAUAUACACUUCGCAUGCUGUAUUUUUUUUCUAGUAAUAAAAGAUGUUUAUACUUAAAUUGUGCAAUUUUUAAAAAAUCAUAAUCAUACAUAAUACUUAAUUUCGGCUUCACCCCCGAAACUCUAAUCGUUGUAAUAAUUACUAAAAAAAAUUUACUAUGAUUAUAAGAAAACAAAUAAAUUUUAAAGAAAUGAGAGUGUCAUAAGAAUAAUUAUGAUUACGCAGUUUCAUAAAGUAAAAUAAUAUGCUUUAAAAAAAAAUAAUGUGAGUAGGUUAUUUUGGAAAACAUUCUGGUUGCAUUAAAAUUUAACUUUUACCAUUUAUCUCCAACCGUUUUUAAGAUUCAUAACUAAGCUCGGCAUUUGUACGAUCCCAAUAAAUAAGUUAAUGAACCUAUAUUAUGAAACCAAAAAAUUUGUGAAAUUAAUAAAAAUAAUUGAACUUUAAAUUUACAUCAAGUUUAGAAAUUCAACAAAUACACUGCUGUGAUAAAUCUAAUUAACGAUUUAUAUAGGGCUCUAGUCACAUAGAUACAUAUUAUAUGAUUAUAAAUCUAUAUGUAUAUAUGUAUAUGUAUUUAAACGUGUACAUACAGUUAUGCACACAUUUACAUAUAUAUGUAUCAAUCGUAAACAUAUAAAUUUAUUAAGAAUCUGCGUUACAACAGUUCGGUGGUCAUGAUAAUUCAAGCAAACUAACAAAUCAUAUGUAAUCAGAAGAAUGUAAAGGCCAUUGCCAAUUUAAAAGACUGUUUAACACAAAUUUUAUACGUUUAAUUCCAAAAUUUAUCAGUACACAAAAUUGCUAUAUAAUGCUUUAGUCUUUAUGUUUAGUGCAAAUCGUUAUCUAAAAUGUAAUGUUAGUAUAAAAAUAAAUAUCAUAAGCUUAUUAUUUUUCGAUAUUUGCGGUUCCAUCGUGCUUCCAUUGUCUGUGUUUUUGUAAAAUAUUGCUUUUUAUUCAAACGACAUCGCAACUUCAUUUGUUUGAUUAACAAAUUCCUUAUUAUUUCAUUUCUAUAAUUUGUGUAAAAAUCAAUUAAGUAACACGAGUAAUACACUAUAAUAAAAGUACCCCAUCAAAUCAAUUAAGUGGAUCAACAACGAAUAUGUAAAUAUAUGUUGCAUAUACAUGAAGUAUUCUAUAUAAAUUCUUUUUAUAAUGUUAAAAAUGAGUUUGUUUGCUUUUUUUAAGCUAUAAUUAAAUAUAAAAUUAAAUUUCAUUUUUAAUACUGCAAUAUUGGUCGACUGAUGGAUUCUUAGCGUAAGAUAAGGUUUAGAUAGUAGAAAGGGUUAACAAUCGUAUACUAAACCUACGCAGAUAUACAAAUUUCUAAUAUUAAGAUGAUAGUAAUCACAAAUAUAAGUUUAAUAAAAUAGUAUGUAUACACAUAGGUAAUAAAUAAUGUACGAAAUAUAGAAAUAAUGCAAAGAUAUUGAAUAACAAUAAAAACAAAAUUAAACUAUUAACUUUUUAUAUACUGACGCACGGCAGAAUUAUUGAUGCAAUUCUUAAAUUUUUAUAAGACGUGCCUUGCAAAUAUAGGAAAUGUUACGUCGGUAUGUAAGUUCAUACACCCGAGUGCCAAUUGGAUCGUCGCAAGUCGCGCAAAUUGAUCCCCCCUUUUACCAAGGUCAUUAAAAGUUAUGUCAUCCUUUUUGCCCUACAGCACCCUGUAAAAUGUUCUCAUUCUAUUGUAUUUGUCUUCAUAUUGUAUAUUUAUUGAAUAAUUGCUGGCUUGUGCCAUGGGCAUACAUUAAAAGAUAUAAAGAAAAUUCGGUGACUGUGUUCCGUCAAACUUACCUCAAUCCCAUCCUGGGCGAUGAGAUCUGGACCCUUGAUCCUGGGCAUUUCUACAUAUUAGGUUGUAAUUAUACAUACAUAUACACCUUCUCCAAUAUAGUACAGAUU